CUGAGCUGAAGGCAGAGACUUAACCCACUGAGCCACCCAGGGAUAUAACUUACUGCUGCUUGUUUCAAGAAAACCAAUUAAGAAACCAUAAAUUGCGGUCGACGAGAAAGGUCACUGCACAGGCUAUAAAUACAGGCGUUUCUAAACUCCGAGUGCAAGUCUGCAGCGCAUUCUCUCCUCCAUACCCACGUCUUCCAAAGCAGAGGUUUUCCUGGGGUAAAAUGAAAGAAUAUCCAGCCAGGGCUCAAAAAGGCAUCCCCUGGGUCUUCAUUCCGCAGCCUGCCGUGUGGAACGCGCUGGGGAAUUCGAAGCCUCUCGUGGGACUCUAUGCCUUACGUACCCCAACCCAGACUCCAGGAACUGAUGCCCAUGGCCAUGACGCACCCCCAACCUCUGUCUGCUCGGGCACAGCCUGCAUGACUGAGCCGUCACUGCCCCGCUGUUUUGCGUCUCUGUUCCCGUCACUGAACAGUUUGAUGGGGCAUCGGGCGGAUGACAGCGGGAACAGUUGUGAUCACUGGCGGAAUCCUAGCUACAGUCAUCCUCCUCUGCAUCAUUGCCGUCUUGUGCUACUGUAGGCUCCAGUACUACUGCUGCAAGAAGAGCAGAGCCGGAGAUGCAGACGAGGAGGAGGAGGAGCGCGACCUGCCUCCACACCCCAGAGGCCCCAGCUGUAAUGCCUGCAGCUCCCAAGCCCCCGAUGGCCGAGGCGGCCUGGCGCCUCUCACCAGCGAGCCCUGCGGCCAGCCGUGUGGGGGGGCGGCCGGCCACUGCACCGCCUGCUCCCCGUACAGCUCCCCCUUUUACAUACGGACGGCUGACAUGGUGCCCAAUGGGGGCGGAGGGGAGAGGCUCUCCUUCGCUCCUACGUACUACAAGGAAGGGGGACCCCUGCCCCUCAAGUUGGCAGUGCCCCAGAGUUACCCGGUGACGUGGCCAGGCUCUGGGCAUGAGGCCUUCACCAAUCCAAGGGCUAUUAGUACAGACGUGUAACCCCCUUCACCCCUGACCCCUCCACGUACCUACCUACACUGCUGUCCCGGCAGGAACACCAGGGAGCAGCGGGGGACCCCUCCAACAGCCCACAAGGACAUCUCAGUGUUGUUUGUUUGUUUGUUUUGGCUUUUCUUGCCCCACAGUGGAAUGAGAGCUGCCCAGUGCAUUGAGAACAGGGCAGGGCCUGGCCCCAUGGCCCGUAGGUGGGGGCUGGCAGGACGAGUGGGCAGCCGGGCCUCUUUCUGUGCCUGAACCUUCCUCCACUAGCACCAGCCCCACUGCAACCCCUCUUGCUUCCCUUGCUACCCCCCAGCUUUGGACUGUGAGAGGACGAGCAGCAGGGAAAGCUAAGUGAAGGCUGCCUCCACCCCAAGACUCCUUGAGGGAUGGAAGAAAAAAGGGACCCAGGGUGAGGAGAGGUGUGAGAAGUAGGGCACGUCAGCAUCUGAGAAGGGGGUGGAAGGUGUUCAGGGGACCUCUUUGGGACCUGCUUGCUGAAAUGACACCGAGACCCAGGUCCCAAGCCAGUAUUGUAUUUGGUGAUCAUGGGGACUGCGGUCCCUGCCGCUGUUCCAAUGUGGACAUUGAUUCUGGAACCUGCUAUGUUCCCCUUCCUCGUGGGACACCCUGAGUGGACUUGGAAGGCCAUGGUAUAAGGUUCUUUGUGGGGAAUGCAUGAAAAAAGGGAAGCCUAACCUUGUCUCCCCGCCCCACCCCUCCCCAGUCCUCCUUCUCUGCCUCCGGAACCAGCUGCCGCUGCUGGAGAACCUUGUUGAAGUUUUGUUACUGAGUUUGAACAGCUGGGCGAGUGAGACCUUCUUGCUGAAUGUCUCUGGGGCCUGGGUCGGCCACCCUGAGCGGUGGGGGAGCAGUGCUGUGAGGGUGUGUGUGUUCUCAGGUGGGCACACACCUGUCACCGCCCGCACACAUCACAGGGGGUGGGGGGCUGUGCAGCCUCUGGGAGCCCCAGAGUGGAAGGGCUCUGAUGCAUGGACUAGAAAGGGAAAUCUGACCUCAGACAGCGUGAGGGAAAGGUGACUGAUGUGGCUAGUCCCCUAGCAAGCAGCUGACGGGUAUGGGGAGGGCCUGCAGUCUCCCAGGGACAGUGCUGCAGCCGUGAAGCCCCCAACCCCCUUCGGAGGCCCAGCGCUCUACUUGGGCACCCAACCACAUUGUCAUAGGGCUGGAUGACUUCAUUGCCCUGGGGACAGCACCCCCCCACCCCAGAUUCUAUGCUCACUGCCCUCCCUCCGCUGGACUCCCCCAACCCUCCAGGCUCCAGUGAGGGCCUGUUAAUUGCUCGAGCCUGGCCCUCAGUUCCCACUUAGAACUCCUCUGUGGCCUGAGGGAAAAUACCUGAUGAGUUUUCCAGUUGCCUCUAAACUUAGGGGUCCUGCUCCUUCUCAGGGCACGCCUAACCCCUGGCGCUUCUGAAUCAGGGCCUGCUGCAGAGGGUGGGGCAGGGAAGGAGCUAUUGAGAGAAGCUGGGUGCACCUGGGAGAGGGGGAGGAGGGGGAGCCUUCACCACACCUCUUGUUUCCUCUGUCUGGAACCUGUCACUUUGCAUCUCAGCUGUCAUUAGGGCCCACUGGGUGAGGAUCAGCGGACCUGGGGUCUGGUCACACUGAGGUCAUUCACUGGCUCUAGGAACAGUCAUUUAUCUUCUCUGAGAGCCAGUUUUCUCCAGGAAAAGGAGACCUGUUCAGAUGGACCCUAAGAAACAGCCAGGACUCCCUGAAGAGUUCUGCCAACCAUGCGGCUCCUCCUUGCCUGAGUCCUGGAAGGAGCCGGAUGCACCUGCCAACGGCCUGAUCCAGUGCUCAGGGACGUGGACUGAGGACUAAGCCAGCACCUUGAAAUAUGGGGUCAGCAGGCAAAACGAUUUUAAUUGUUCAGUGAAAAGCGAACACGUUUGUCUGAUUCUCCCCCUGGGUGAUCUCAGACGGUUACACGUCCUUAUACCAGGAGGCAGUUCUAGGCAGGAGGUCAUGAGGUCUGUCUCCCAGUCCAGACGGACCAGUGUAGAACAGCAACUUUAACACAUGCCGUCUCAUCACCAGUCCUUAUUGGGCCAAGCCCACUCCCUACUUGAUAUGAGUUGCUGGGUCUGACAGGCAUUGUGGCCUCCUGAUGACCAGCCCUUGUGCCUUGCUGCCCGGGAAUUCCACAGCCAGUCAACCACAGCAAGGGCCAUUGCUCCUCACGAAACCAUAGUAUUGUUGUUCCUCCUCCCUUUGGAGAAAUUAAGACAGUCCAGUCAGCUCUCACCUGCUUCUGGUUUUGAUCUAUGGGGUCCCUGAGGGAAAAGCAUCUUAUAGAGUCCCCUCUCCUCCCGUAGCUUUCCCAACCAAGAUCUUGUCACCCUACAUGUGAAAUCUGGGUUUGGGGCACUGGAGAGAUGAUGGGCCACAGCUCUCCCCUACACACCCCCACAGCGCAUGGGGCAUGAUCUCCAGGUUGCCUGUCCGCCCCCCUGUUGUGGGGAGGGCCUUACCCAUGGAAGAGGAAUUUACGCAUUCAACUGCGCUGCACACUCUUGUUGUGGUGUCUGUGCUAUGGGACACUAUCUGGACACUUUUCAGAUCGUACCCUAACAGGAAGAGAAGGAGAGGCUAUGAAGACCCUAUCCUCUCCGCCAUCUUGUCUCUGCCUCCAUGUCACUGCUCCCGCUACAGAUUUCCCAUCCUGCAUCUUUGAUAACUUGGAGUCACAACCAAGUGAAUGUCCAAAUAAAUGAGGAAUUUGAAAUAGAAAUCCCACAGAAUCCUCUGUUAUUCACCCAAGGAGGGGGCAGCCGGGCAUGGAUUUAAGAGUGAAUGCUCCUUUUUAUUUCCCCAAAUGUCCAUUUUCAACACCAAAAUCUACCAGCUUCUUCUCCACUCCUACUUCUUCAUCAACAGGGUGUCCACCACGUUGCCUCCAUUAGAGCUCAUGCCCAGGGAGGAUGUGUUAUUUGUUGGGGAAGGGCUGUGAAGUGUAGU